AUGACGGAGGGAAGAGGGGCGGAGGCUGGGCAUGUGGACCGUCUCCUGAUGGUGGCCGGGUCAACGGCAUACACCAUCCAUGCCCCACAGGAGCUUCACCUCAGGGGCUACAAGAUUAAUGACUUCUACACAAGCCUGGACAGGACCCAGGAGAGAAGGCCAAACUUGAGCCUGGAUAUGAGGCCACGGCUCCCCGACCGGAGUGAGCUGGAGAGGGACAUGAGGGAGCUGGACAGGAAGCUGGAGGAGAGCAACAGGAGGUUGGAGGAGCUGCGCCAGCUGUGCGCCCAGGAGAAAGUUCAGCUGCAGGAGGUGCAGCAAACGAUGGAGGAGUUUGUUAGGAGGGAGAAGGAGCAGACGACCCUAAUUGAUCAUCUUAAAGCUCAGCUCCGUGCCGAGGAGAGAGUUCGGCUACAAGAGGCGCAGCAAGCGAGGGAUGAUGAUGAGUGGGAGGACACUGAUUCGGAUGAUGUCUGGAUAGACGAGAUGAAGGAGGUCAUUCUAGAAGACAGGAAGAAAAAGCAGGACAAGCGGGAGAGAAUGCAGGCUGAACUGUACAAAAAGGAGGAUGGAAAGAAAGAGGUGGAGAUGGCAACCCCAAGUGAGUCAGAGAAAGAAGGAGAGGAAAAACUCCAGGAAGAGAUCGAGGAAGUGAGAAAAGAAGAGAUGGAGAGAGAGGUGGCAGUCAAGCAGGAGAGAGACAGAGAAGAGUUGAGACAGAGAGAGAGAGAGGAGUUGAGGAAGGCUGCCAAGAACAUCACCUGGAUGUCCAGUGAUGAGACAGAGUACGACAACAACGAAAGCGACACUGACUCUGAUGAUGUCUGGAUGGACGAGGAGGAGAAGGAGGUCAUUCUAGCAGCCAGGGAGAAACAGCAGGAGGAGAGAAAAAAGAAAGAGAUGGAGAUGGAAAGAUUGAAAGAGGAAGAGAGAAAGAAGAGAGAGAUGGAGAUUAAGAAAGAGGAGGAGAGGAAGCAGAGAGAGAUGGAGGUGAAGAAAGAGGAGGAGAGAAAGAAGAGAGAGAUGGAGAUGAAGAAAGAAGCGGAGAGAAAGAAGAGAGAGAUGGAGAUGAAGAAAGAAGAGGAGAGGAUGAGAGAGAUGGAGAUAGAAAGAUUGAAAGAGGAAGAGAGAAAGAAGAGAGAGGUGGAGAUAAAGAAAGAAGAGGAGAGGAUGAGAGAGAUGGAGAUAGAAAGAUUGAAAGAAGAAGAGAGGAAGCAGAGAGAGAUGGAGGUGAAGAAAGAGGAGGAGAGAAAGCAGAGAGAGAUGGAGAUGAAGAAAGAAGAGGAGAGAAAGAAGAGAGAGAUGGAGAUGGAAAGAUUGAGAGAGGAAGAGAAAAUGAAGAGAGAGGUGGAGAUUAAGAAAGAGGAGAGGAUGAGAGAGAUGGAGAUAGAAAGAUUGAAAGAAGAAGAGAGGAAGAAGAGAGAGAUGGAGAUGAAGAAGGAGGAGGAGAGAAAGAAGAGAGAGAUGGAGAUGGAAAGAUUGAAACAGGAGGAGAGAAAGAAGAGAGAGAUGGAGAUUAAGAAAGAGGAAGAGAAAAAGAAGAGAGAGAUGGAGAUAAAGAAAGAAGAGGAGAGGAUGAGAGAGAUGGAGAUAGAAAGAUUGAGAGAGGAAGAGAAAAUGAAGAGAGAGAUGGAGAUCAAGAAAGAGGAGGAGAGGAUGAGAGAGAUGGAGAUAGAAAGAUUGAAAGAGGAAGAGAGGAAGAAGAGAGAAAUGGAGAUAAAGAAAGAGGAGGAGAGGAUGAGAGAUAUGGAGAUUAAGAAAGAGGAGGAUAGGAAGCAGAGAGAGAUGGAGGUGAAGAAAGAGGAGGAGAGAAAGAAGAGAGAGAUGGAGAUGAAGAAAGAAGAGGAGAGAAAGAAGAGAGAGAUGGAGAUGCAAAGAUUGAAGGAGGAAGAGAGAAAGAAGAGAGAGGUGGAGAUGAAGAAAGAAGAGGAGAGGAUGAGAGAUGUGGAGAUAGAAAGAUUGAGAGAGGAAGAGAAAAUGAAGAGAGAGAUGGAGAUCAAGAAAGAGGAGGAGAGGAUGAGAGAUAUGGAGAUUAAGAAAGAGGAGGAGAGGAAGCAGAGAGAGAUGGAGGUGAAGAAAGAGGAGGAGAGAAAGAAGAGAGAGAUGGAGAUGAAGAAAGAGGAGGAGAGAAAGAAGAGAGAGAUGGAGAUGCAAAGAUUGAAAGAGGAAGAGAGAAAGAAGAGAGAGAUGGAGAUGAAGAAAGAAGAGGAGAGGAUGAGAGAGAUGGAGAUAGAAAGAUUGAGAGAGGAAGAGAAAAUGAAGAGAGAGAUGGAGAUCAAGAAAGAGGAGGAGAGGAUGAGAGAUAUGGAGAUUAAGAAAGAGGAGGAGAGGAAGCAGAGAGAGAUGGAGGUCAAGAAAGAGGAGGAGAGAAAGAAGAGAGAGAUGGAGAUGAAGAAAGAAGAGGAGAGAAAGAAGAGAGAGAUGGAGAUGAAGAAAGAAGAGGAGAGGAUGAGAGAGAUGGAGAUAGAAAGAUUGAGAGAGGAAGAGAAAAUGAAGAGAGAGAAGGAGAUUAAGAAAGAGGAGGAGAGGAUGAGAGAGAUGGAGAUAGAAAGAUUGAAAGAGGAAGAGAGGAAGAAGAGAGAGAUGGAGAUGAAGAAGGAGGAGGAGAGAAAGAAGAGAGAGAUGGAGAUAGAAAGAUUGAAAGAGGAAGAGAGAAAGAAGAGAGAGAUGGAGAUGAAGAAAGAAGAGGAGAGGAUGAGAGAGAUGGAGAUAGAAAGAUUGAGAGAGGAAGAGAAAAUGAAGAGAGAGAUGGAGAUUAAGAAAGAGGAGGAGAGGAUGAGAGAGAUGGAGAUAGAAAGAUUGAAAGAGGAAGAGAGGAAGAAGAGAGAGAUGGAGAUGAAGAAGGAGGAGGAGAGAAAGAAGAGAGAGAUGGAGAUAGAAAGAUUGAAAGAAGAAGAGAGGAAGAAGAGAGAGAUGGAGAUGAAGAAGGAAGAGGAGAGAAAGAAGAGAGAGAUGGAGAUAGAAAGAUUGAAAGAGGAAGAGAGAAAGAAGAGAGAGGUGGAGAUAAAGAAAGAAGAGGAGAGGAUGAGAGAGAUGGAGAUAGAAAGAUUGAGAGAGGAAGAGAAAAUGAAGAGAGAGAUGGAGAUGAAGAGGGAGGAGGAGAGAAAGAAGAGAGAGAUGGAGAGGAUGAGAGAGAUGGAGAUAGAAAGAUUGAAAGAGGAAGAGAGAAAGAAGAGCGAGGAGUGGCUGAGAGAGGGAAAAGAAAAAAGGGAAGAGGAAGAACUCCAGGAAGAGAGCCAUGGAGUAAGAAAGGAAGAGAUGGAAGUAGAGAUGGCAACCAAGCAGGAGAGAGAGAAGAUGCAGGCUCACCUGGACAAAGACGAGGACGAAGGAAAGAAAGAUGUGAUGGAGGUGGUGAAGCUGGAGGGGGCUUCUGAGAUGUGGACCUGGAUGUCCAGUGAUGAGGAGGACGACAACAGCGAAGGUGAGAUGGCCUUUGACCAUCUCUGGACUCAACUGUCAACCAGCAAAGAGAAAGAGAUGGAAGAA